GCCUGCAGCGAAGUCGGAGAAUACUGUGAUGGCACUUUUAUAAACAGAUGCUGCAAACGUCUUGAUUGCAAACUAAAAACGCGGAGUUCCAAUUCUGCAAGGAUGACAAUUGUUCGCCAUUUAAAUGAGUUUUUUCCGCAAGAAGAGUUAGUUCUCCUACAGUUUUAUAAGAACACAAAGAAACGAUUUGAGUCGGAUUCUCAACCCGGAGUAUUUCCUGAAACUACAAAAGAUGGUAGACAAAAUGAGGAAAAGGGUCUCGGAGUUAAAAGAAAAAGGGGACCAGAAGAAGCCUAA